AUGAAUUAAUGUCUUAAUAAAUUAUUAGGAUCACUAGAUCACUUAUAUGAAGCUUUGUUUCAAAAAAUUAUUGAAAUAUUUGCAAGACGUGGAAUAAUUAGACCAUUAAUUCGAAGACCCGUUGUUCCUGUUAUUGAACUAUAACCAAUUGAUCAUUCCCUUAAAUAACCAUUAGUCUUACACUCUUGUACAUCUACACCUGUUUUCGCUCAUAGUGAGUCUAUUUAUCGUAGAGCAGAAUCAGAGAAAGAUUUCAGAAAAUACAUGAUUCCAAAGUAUAUAAUUUUAUUAAUUAAGUCUAGGCGACACAAUAAAUAAAGUAGAUUCAUAUUCUAGAGAUAUUAGUUUAUUGAAUUUGUUUGAUGAUAAUAUAUAACAAAACAAAAAUUUAAAUAUCAAGGAAAUCUAGGAAAAAGGUCAGAAAUUGUAAACAAUAAUUGAAGAAAAUAAAAUUUAAUAAAAUAGCCAUGAAGGAAAUCAAAGUCAAAAUUAUUCAUAAUAAUUCAUAAAAAAUUAGUAAUAGCAAUCUGAUCAUAAUCAUCAAAAAGAACAAUAAGAAUAGUAAAAUUUAAGCUCUUAAGAAAAAGAUUAAAAUGAAUAGUUUUAUUCAAUAAUUGAUAAUCCUGUAAAAAUCACUUAAUCAGAAUAAUUUUAUAGUAUAAUUGAUAGAAGUUCUUUUAGAAGUUUUAACAAAUACAAUUAAAAGAAAUGA